CGAAAAGGAGAAAUGCUUGGGGUUUUGAAGUUCAUGUGACAGCGCGUCUGCAGCCUCAGGCAUCAGUUUUUUUUUUUUCGACUUGGGAACUAAAAAUAUGAAAAGUGAAGGUUAAGACAAACCACAACUAAUUACCAUUAUGGGUACUUGUCCACACGAUUAUAAAUGAGCUGCUAUUUUAUACAAUUUGGUUAAUUUAUUAUUCCUCCCGCCCAUCUCUUGAUUCUUUCGGCGCCACCAAAUAAGAAACCGCGCAAACUCCAAUGCCCUCGAUGCAAAAAGUCCGCGUGGAAAGAGCUGCAGCAGCUGCCUCGCUGCCAAGGGAUGCAGGCUUCUUCAUUGAUACUCACGGUGCCUCUGAGGAUGAUGGCCUGGUUGAUAAUGCGAGCAGUGAAGAUGAACCAAUGCCCAAGGAUGAGACGGAAGAGAAGCUUGAGCGGUUGCUCUUUGGUGAUGCGGCGGGGUUUCAUGAUGCGUUAAGAGAACAUGAGGUUGAAGGUAUGGAGCUUGUGCCACGGGAUGGAAAUGAGGAUGGAGAAGGAGGCGGAGAAGAGGAGGGCGGAGAAGAGGAGGGCGGAGAAGAGGAGGGCGGAGAAGAGGAGGGCGGAGAAGAGGAGGGCGGGUUGGAACAUGUUGAUGAUGCCGACCUCUUCUUCCUCGAUUCAGGCACUGCGGGAGCUGAUCUCGAGUUCCCAAUUGUUCAGGGUGCGCCGGAUGAUCAGCGGGAGAAUGAACCCCCUGCGGCGUGGGAAGAUAGUGACGAUGAGCGGAUCACGGUCUCUCUAGCGGGUAAUAAUAGGUUGCGAAAGCUACGACUCACAGAAGAAGACGAUGUCGUCACCGGCUCAGAGUAUAUACGGAGAUUGCGCAAACAGUUUGAACGACUACAUCCCGCCCCGGAUUGGGCGAACCCAUCCAACAUUGCAGGUGGACGCAGCGCGAAGAGAAGGAAGACAGGAGCGCAGUCGGAUGAUGAGAGUGUUUUAGGUUCUGAUCAUAUGGAUACAGAUGAGGAGGAGGAAAUGUCCCUGCAACCGCUAGCACGCCUAUUGCAGAAUGCUGGUAAUCUCACGAAGGGUGAAAAUAAUGCCAAGAGUGGUGGGAAGCGGAAGCUCCGCCAGGAAGUCCUGGAUAUUCAACGGAUGAAAGAUGUUGGAAAGGGUCAGCCUUCCACCAUCGAGUCUCUCACUUUCCACCCACACUACCCUCUCCUCCUAUCCUCCGGGCCGGCCUCAACUCUCUUCCUCCACCACAUCUCACCCAAAUCCUCCUCUCCGAACCCCCUACUUACCUCCCUCCACGUCCGCCGCACCCCGAUACACACCAGCACUUUCGCCUCUCCUACAGGGAACCAAAUAUAUUUUUCCGGUCGCCGCCGCUACUUCCAUGUCUGGGACCUGGACACGGGCAAGGUCGAGAAAGUCAAUGGGCCUGCUGACCGUAAAGAAGAACAAAAGUCUAUGGAACGCUUUAAACUAUCUCCCUGCGGCCGGUGGAUGGGUGUCGUCGGCAGCGCGCGGAAAGGGGGCGGUAUUAUAACGAUCCUCAGCACCACAACGCUCCAGUGGGUUUCACAGGUGCGCAUUGACAGCCACAAUGGCGUUGCUGAUUUCGCGUGGUGGAGUAAUGGGGAGGGUAUGUGUGUUGUUGGCAAGAAUGGAGAGGUUAGUGAGUGGGAUGGGAGGCAGAAGCGCAUUGUUGCGCGCUGGGUCGAUGAGGGUGCUGUGGGCGCGACGGUGAUUAGCCUUGGUGGAAAGUCUGGAAGAACGCAGAUUGGCGGGGAUAGGUGGGUGGCGGUUGGGAGUUCGAGCGGGAUUGUGAAUAUUUAUGACCGGAGGCCAUGGGCUGCGGCUGCUACUGAAAUCGAAAAGAAGAGCAAGGGGAAGAAGAUUGAUGGAGAAGUAGAUCAUGGCGAUGGGCAGUGCGGGAUCCCGCAUAACCCGAAACCGACGCGCAUGCUUGAUCAGCUAACGACGCCCACAAGUCAUCUUGUCUUCUCGGCGGAUGGGCAAUUGCUUGUCAUGGCAAGUCGGUGGAAGAAGGAUGCGUUGAGACUGAUUCAUCUCCCGUCAUGCACUGUAUAUAAGAAUUGGCCUACGUCCAACACCCCCUUUGGGCGCAUUUCGGCAGUUGCUAUCGCGCCAACAUCGGAUAUGUUGGCUGUCGCGAACGAGCAGGGAAAAAUUCGGCUGUGGGAAAUUCAUGGCUAGCCCUCUGGUAGGCUCGCAUUUUUCUGUACUAUAUACUCCCGUAUAUAAGUCGUUUAAAAACGGUAUGGCCCUCGAAAGGGGAUCAUGGGGUUACAAGGGUAGGUGCGAAAGAUUCACCUCUAUAUUUACCAGGGAUGGAAAAAAGAAACGAAGAGAGAUGGAGAUACUCUUUCAUAGAGUUAAUAGAAUGAAAAUUGCUACAAAUUCAACUACCAGUGGGAUGGAUUGCCAUUCUUUGCUUGAUGCAGCAAUUGCCUCCUCAAGACUACGAUAAUUCUUCCUAAGCGCUCCAUGUGUCACUCGGAAUAGGGGAGGAAUGGUCUGGUUUGCUGCAUGUCUCGUCGCCGAGGUUCAGAUCCACCAUUGUGUCCGGGGCUUCCUUCCCCAGGGCUGCUUCCGGUCUAUAUUUCUUCGACGGAUAUUUAGGUGUAGAAGGGGGAUAAAUUUUUUUGAUUCCCUAACUCAGCGUUGCUAGCGAUACGCAAAUCGGAGAUGUGGCGUUCCAUUGUGACAGUUUUUCGAGAGUCCAGGGUUGCAAGCGCGGAUCGUGCGGACUAGAAAUAUAAAUCUAAUAUUAAGACAAACCCGCUGCUAACUUACCUCUGUCCAUGAAGUUAAUGUCAGACCAAUUGGUCUAGGUUAUAACUUCCCACUUAGGUAGCAUACUUCCUAAAUCAGAGUCGGUCUAUAUGAAUAUAUAUAUCUUUAUAUAUAUUGAUGCCUUCGUAACUAUCUUCUCAUCCUUAUUUCUAAUCCCCACCAGAUUCCCCUGUUUAACCCUCUCAAGGGUCAAUGCCGCUAUAAGUGCCGCACCAACACCGGACCCAUCUUCCGCUCCACUCAUCACAACCCGAUCCGGCACGUCAUCCGGCCAGUCCAGAAUCUCCCUCAACGCCUUGGCGCCUCUGGCUUUAAAAUGAGGGUACUUUUCGAACACUGACCCGUCCGCGCCAACAUGACAAUGGGUGAUAUUCUUCUUCUUGCAGAUGGCCGCAACGCCGCAGGCCGAGAGGCGCGCAGCACGCGUGCCGAUUAAUUCUGCAAGGCGCCUGCAGAAUUCUAGCUCUGAAGGCAUGGCGUGGAUUCCUAGGGUGCGCUCGAAGAGAUCACGGGUUUCUGAUAGGUUCUCGAAGGGGUCUUCUUCGAUGAACGCUAGGAAGGAGGAGUCCAGGGAGUAGGGUUUUCGCAGCUUCGAGACGUCCUGGUUGGCAAAGAUGAGCUUGCCCUUGUUGUCGUAGAGGUCGAGGAGGACGAGGCGAAAUAUCUCGCCGAGGUAGAGGCCUGCGGUCAUUUUUUCGAAGGCUUGUUGGCCAGGUCGGGGAGAGUCGCGGUCGAUUAUGAUGUCGUAUUGGGUUCGCGGGAGGACGACAUACUCGUUGUCGAAGGCGCCGUAUUCGCAGUUGAUCGCGACGGGAGUGUCGGGGGGUAAGUUGUAGUGGGCUAUUUUAGGGAUAGAGCCGGCGUUUUCCAUGUAGGCGGCGUUGACGCCUGUGCCGAAGAUACAGCCGAUUUUCAUUUCCGGGUCGGUAUAGGCAGAAGCAAUAAGGGUGCCCGUCGUGUCAUUUACCAGAGCCGCAACUUUAAUGGGGAGACCCUACACAUGUAAUUAGUAUCUGGUAGCCAAGAUCAAGGCUGGACAUUUUGCCCAAAAGGCGAUAGCGGGAAGAAAGAGAAAGAGGCUCCAAUGUUUACCUUCUUAGCCAGUGCUUCCUCCAGCAUUGGGACAACAUCCUUGCCUUCAACACCGUCGAUAUCAAAGCCCUUGGUCCAUCUUUGAAGUACACCGUGGUCAACAUAAUCCUGUGUGGCAGGAUAAGAAAAGGUAAAACCCAGUGGCAGAUCCGGGAGAGCCGUGCAGCCCUCAUGGUAAUAUUCGAUAAACUGGUACACGCAGUCCGCAAUGUAUUCCCAUAGUUCUGACGAUUUGCCGCUCUUCAGCUCUUCCGGGAUUCGAUACUUGGACUGUGUGACAUCGAACUCGCCCUUUUCUUCGGAGAGCUCGAUUUCGCAGACACGCAAAUUGGUGCCUCCCAUGUCCAGGGAGAGGAAUGUGCCCUUUUCAUGGCCAGUGGGAAAUCCCAAGACCCAGGUGACAUUCAUAGGCUGA